ACAGUCACUGAGAGAGAGACAGAGACUCAGGGUAAAUGUAUCACUUUACAUGUCUUAUCAUCUCAUCAUCUUAUCAUCAUUAUUAUCAACUUGUUUCAUUCAGUUUACCAUCUAGAUCAACUUGAAACUUUUACUCUGAAUUUGAUCCACAACAACAUGAGAUCCACUUUCACCACAGCCACCAAUACAAACACCAAGAAUAACACAACAAUGGCUUGAUUUUCAUUAUUUCCAUCAUCAUGAAUCAUCACCAAGUGACAAGUUGUGGUCAUCAUCACCAUCGCCAUCAUCACCCACUUUAAAUAUUCAUUGAACUAGUCAUCGUUGUCUUCAUACUAUUACACAAAGUAACACACUUUCAGCUUUUCGCAAUUUAAUAUUAAUUAAAUCGGAUUUUAAGUGUUGACAUUUUAUACUUUUAACAACAACAAUUUAACUUGAUGAUGUUUAAUACUGUUCAAGUGAGAUGACCAUUGAGUGACCACUUAUCAGGUGUAAAUAAAUACGAAGGAAAAGUUUCAAAAGUUUUGUUAAGUUUUUGCAUUUGUUUAAAUUGUUGUUUCUUUGUAAACUCAUUCAAAUUGUGGUGAUUAAAGUUGUGAUUAUAACGGGAUUCCAAUUACAAGUAAAUUUUAACAUAUUAAAUAUAACAAACUCUUAACAAUAAGUGACCAGUGUCCACCAGUGUGAUCAAACCUUAACCAAAGUAUUGAAAAAAAAAAUGUUUCUCAACUUGAAUAUGAUCAAUCCUGCCAAUUUAGUACAAUUAAUACUGACUUAUUAUCUAAUUCAGGAGACCAAAUUGGUUACCUGUUUACGAUUGAUCAUGUUUGAUCUUCCCUCUCCGGUGAUGCGUGGUGAUUCAGUUGAACUUUCAUGUAUCUAUGAACUUGAAAAUGAUAGAUUAUAUUCAGUUAAAUGGUAUAAGAAUAACGUUGAAUUUUACCGAUUUGUACCAAGAGAUUGGCCUCCAGGUCAAUUUUUACCUCACAAAGGCAUUCGGGUUGAUUUAUCAAGGUCAGGUAAGAAUUCAGUUUACCUGAAAGAUGUUGAUCUUAACUCAACGGGAAUCUAUCGAUGUGAAGUUUCCGCUGAGGCUCCAACAUUUAACACCGCUGAGAUGGAGAAGGAGAUGAAAGUCUAUGUUUUACCCUCAGAAGGACCAAAAAUUACCGGAACUCGGCGGAAAAUUAAACUUGGUGAUACAAUUAAUCCUAAUUGUACUUCAUUCAAAUCCAAACCCGCCUCAACAUUAAGAUGGUUAAUAAAUGGUAAUGAGGUUGGAACUGAAUAUCAAACUUCACAUUCAACAACAUUACAUGAAGAUGGUUUAGAAUCGUCACAUUUGGGACUUAAAUUAUUAUUAAAGGAAGAAUAUUUUAAAAAUGGCCUAAUACGAAUCAAAUGUACAGCAACCAUAUCACGAAUUUAUAUUAUGUCCAAUGAGGUCACAUUACACGGCGAUGGUUUGAGUCAUCAAUCAUCUAGACUUCAUCUAAGUGAGAAUCUUAGUCAAGCCGUUCAACCCUCAUCGAUAACGAAUUGUUUUCAACAAACUAGCUCAUUGACGCUUAUAUCAAUUACUUUGCUUAGUUUCCUACUUAUAUCACAGUUAACAAAUUCGUAACUUCGAUCAACUAAUCAUGAAUUCAACAUAAAUGAUCAAGUGGUUUUUGUUUCAGUUUUUUUCGUGAAGAAAAAAAUAAUCGAACCGCCAGAAAAAAACAUCGAACGUCCAAAAGUUAACUCGAUGAAGCUCAAGCUUAAACGCCGGUGACAAAGUUGAUCAACAAUCGGCACCAAUCGACAUUGUUGGUCAAGUGAAAAGUUCAUUGUAAACUCUUUCUAUCCAACAUCAUGUUAAACUUUAAUUGUUAUUAUUUAUUAUUAGCUAAAGAAUCAAAUUGUUAACAAUUAAAAACUUUCUCACGGAACGAAUUAAAUCAACCAGAGUAAAUCACAAUCUUUUCGUGAUCAACAAUCAAAAUCGGAAAAUUGUCUAAUGAUUAACAACAAUUAAAUGCUCAAUCUUAAAUUCAAUUUGGAUGGUAAAUUUUAUCCAACAAUCAACAAUUUAAAAUGACCGACAAUUUGAUUACUUGAUCAUUGCAACUAGAUGGCUCUGUUAAUUGCUGGAUAAUUUUCAUCUACCGGAUCAUAAGAGGAUUAAUUGUUGUUAAAUUAACAACAAUCAACAAUACCCAAAGUAACAGUAAACCCAUUGUAAUUAAAAACGAAAACAAAUAUAAACAAUUAACCAAGAACAACCAAAUUGAUUGUUAUUAAGUUUUACUUUUUCUAGUGAUUAAAAGUCUUGAUUAAUUUACAAGAAAAUA